UAUUAAUUCAUUCAGGAUUCUUCGAUUAGAUGAAAAUUAAAUACUUCAGUGAUAUCAAACUAUUUGAUUUUAUAUGCGUAAAACGUUAAAACUUGUAUUUAUUGUUCAAAUAAUUACAAUAACGCAUGUGUAUUAAGUUUUUAAUGUUUUUCUAUUAUACAAACAAUGGCAAAAACUAAGGUUACUGGAGCGACUAGUAGACUAAAACAAGAUUACCUUCGUCUAAAAAAUGAUCCUGUUCCAUAUGUGACUGCGGAACCUGUUCCAUCAAAUAUACUUGAAUGGCAUUAUGUUGUAAAAGGUCCUGAAAAAAGCCCUUACGAAGGAGGCUAUUACCACGGAAAGAUUUUAUUUCCUCGAGAGUUUCCAUUUAAACCUCCGUCAAUUUACAUGAUUACGCCUAAUGGAAGAUUUAAGACGAAUACUAAAUUGUGUCUAAGUAUAACCGAUUUCCAUCCAGACACUUGGAACCCAGCAUGGUCUAUCUCUACAAUUCUGACUGGUCUGCUCAGUUUUAUGUUAGAAAAAACUCCGACAUUAGGUUCCAUCGUGACAUCGGAUUAUCAAAAACGCUGUUUAGCAUCUGAAUCUCUUGAAAUUAAUCUUAAAAACAAAAUGUUCUGUGAAUUAUUUCCUGAAUAUGUUGAAGAAAUAGAAAAGCUGUUGAAGGAGAGACAGGAAGCAAUUCGGCAUUCUGAAAAUACUAAUAACAGUGGUGACAGUGAAGUUAUUACUGAACAACAUUCUAAUAUGUAUUACAUUUUAACAAAUCUUUUUGUGCUUGUUGGUUUUGUUUUCCUUGCUUAUAUGGUGAAAUAUGUUUUAGUCUCUAUAUCGAAUGACUAAAUUCAAAUAUAUUUAAUUUGAAUUGUAAAUAAUGUAAUUAAAUAUGUACAUACUGUA